UUUCUUCUCCUACAGUCUGUUCCUGAAGAUGCUGAAGAAACAAUCUUAAAUGACAGAAUCUUCAGUAAAGUCACUAUCACACCAGUUCAUCUAUAAAUACUGUGAAGAAGUCAAACAAGCAGCUGCUGUCACAACACAUUCAACUACUCUACUAUUCUGAUCCACUGUUGUAAUGAUGGAGUGUGUUAAAGAGGAGACUGAUCCUGAAUCAUUCACAAUAACACCUCAACAUACUCAACAACAAAGAGGUCUAAUGGGAAUGAAAGAGGAUGGUCAACAACAAAAUGAAAUGAAGGAUGAACAUCAACACCACAAUUUCAAAAGUGAAGAAGCCAAAAUCUCUUUUGUAUGCCAUCUUAAUGAUGAGACUUUUUCAAGAAAAGGACAUUUAAAUGUUUACACAAAGUCUCAAACAGGAGAAUUGCUAUACACCUGUCCUUAUUGUGAUAAGAUUUGCACAAGUAAAAAAGAGCUUAAGAAUCAUUUACUAAGUCACCGAGAGAGGACUUUUGCAUGCUCUCAGUGUGACAAGUGUUUUAAACAGAAAAAACAUCUUAAUGAUCACAUUAAGACUCACACUGGAGAAAGGCCACACGCCUGUCCUCAUUGUGAAAAGACUUACAGGCAUACUGGGCAUCUUAAGGAUCAUUUAGUGAGUCACACUUGUAAGUGGCCCUUCACCUGCCCUCACUGUGAUAAGGGUUUUUCACGAAAAAGAAAUCUUUAUAUUCACAUAAAGACUCACACUGAAGAAAAAACAUACGCCUGUCCUCAUUGUGAAAAGACUUACAAAUGUAAACAGCAUCUUAAGGAUCAUAUAGGAACUCAUACAAAUGAGAGACCAUUUGCAUGCCUGCAUUGCGAUAAGUUUUAUUCACUAAAAGGAAGUCUUAAUAAUCACAUGAGGAGUCACAGAGGCGAUGUGUCUUGCACCUGUUCUCAUUGUGGAAGGAGUUUCUCAUGUAAAGCACAUUUAGAGAGUCACAUACGAGUUCACUCUGGAGAGAAACCUUUCACGUGCCCACAAUGUGACAAGACUUUUAAAGAACGAGGACAUCUUCUGUAUCACAUACGAAUUCAUACAGGUGAGAAGCCUUUCUCAUGCAAUCUAUGUGAUAAGAGUUACACACAUGCACAAAGUCUUAAAGUUCAUCUGCUAUUUCACACGAAUGAAAGGUCGUUUAGCUGCGAUCAGUGCGAUAAGAAGUAUUUUUCGGCAUCUCGGCUAAAAAAGCACCUAAAGACUCAUUUAGAUGAGGGUUCGUAUUUGUGUUCUGUUUGUGGGAAGAGUUAUCUAUCGCUCAAAAGAGUUCAAGAGCACCAGAAGAGACAUGCGGGUGUAAAGUGCUCUGUAUGUGGAAAUUUGUUUCUGGGACCCAAAGAGCUGGAGCAGCACCAGAAGAUUCAUACUGAAGAAAACCCCUAAAAGUGCCCACAUUGUGGAAAGAGUUUUAUUGAGUCUGUGAUGCUGAUAAAACACAAGUGACUGUAUACUGGAGAGAAGCUGCACUGAAAAACAUUUACCCACUCAGUCCCUCUUUAGUGAAAUGAGCUGCCAUCCUUCACUUUAUUGCGAGCAUAACUUUGUGUAUUAUACUUUUUGUUGACUCUUAAGACAAAAUGUUAAAUGCUCCCUCAUCUGUAAAUUGCUUUUGACAAAAGCAUCUGCCAGAUUAAUAAAUGUGUUUAUGAUGUGA